GCGGAGGGAGAGAUGACGUCAGAGUGAGUGUUGCGUCGACGCUGGCGGCUGGGUAUGGCGUCGAGUCCGGUCUAACCGGUGAUGUUACAGUAGUAAACUAGACACGGUGUGAAGCAUCGCGUCACAGUUCAGAGGGAUGCUGUUGCUCCUUCGACAUCAUGCUCGAGAUGCGUCCAAUCGCCGCUAGGGGCGCCGUCAUGGUCACAGCGACGCUUGUGAUGCUGUUUCUCCUGCCGAUGACCGGAGCCACGGCCGACAAGAUUCCACUUGGCGCCAUAUUUGAGCAGGGUACCGACGAGGUGCAGUCAGCCUUCAAGUUCGCCAUGUUGAAUCACAAUCAAAAUAUCACAGCUCGUCGCUUUGAACUCCAUUCGUAUGUGGACGUCAUCAACACUGCAGAUGCGUACAAGCUGUCCCAUCUGAUUCAGCAAGUUCAUCCAAUCUUUUAA